GUGCGCUUUCCUUGUUUUUAUGCCUUUUUUUACGGUACUUAGUUGGCAGUCGCAGUCGCGCGCCAGCCGGUGUGAUCAACUAUAUAGAUGAUAACUAUUCUACUAUUAAUUAAGUCUAAGCCACGCAAAUGCGAAAUAACACAAACAAAAUUGAGAAAGAUGAAUCCGUACGAGGAGAAGGGCAUGCAGAUGAUGAUGGCGGGCACCUUUUCGCAGGACGUGAUGUUGGCGUUCGAACGCGCCGAUCUGCAGGAAGGCGGCAAGCGGAUAGAAGACAACUGGGAGAAAUGGGGUCCCAAACUGGCCAUUCACGCACUCGCGAGCUAUCGAACGUUUCAGUGGAGUUUCUUUCGCGGCUGGCUACAGAAAAACCAGGGCCUGACCGGAGUCCUCAAUCUGCUGCAGGACUUCAAGAAGCAUCCGGCUGCUGGGCGUGCGCCGCGACAAUAUGAUUUAUAGGCAAUUAUGGGCUUCAUUGAAAUUGCGGAAAAGGAUCUUCACGUGUGCAAUCGUACUGACGCUUCCGUCUGCUAUCGUAAGUAGGCGCAGGUCAGUAAAUGGAUUUUUUUAAAGCUGCAGAUCAUCCAUUAUUCUACUGUCUUCUAAAAACUCUAUACAUGAGAACCUGUACGUAGAUACUCAGAUUGUUCCAGAGAGACGAACACGAAAAAAGGUUCUUAGGACAGAUUAGGAAAUACGCAGAAGAUAAAGUGAUGCGUGCGAAAGCGAAAGGUUAGGACUUCAUACGAUAUUCACG